AGCCGACCCAGCAUAUUCUCUGUGCACAAUCACAUAUUAAGCAUCGAAAUAGAAAAAUAUAGAAAAUCCGCGGCUUCUCGAGCCUUCCAUAGAUUCUUGUUCCUGCCCUUUAUAAAAUCCGCGGCUUCGCUCGCACACCAGAAAAGAACCUCCCCCUUCCUUUCCUCCUCCUCCUCCUCAGUUCGCAUCCUCAUUCAGGGGUUUAUUGUACUUGUUUCGCUGUUUCAGCUUCACACCCACAGUUCAAUAUGUCCCGCGGUAGCCAGAGAGACCGAGAUCGUGAAAGGGCUCAGGCCAGGUCCGGCAACAAGACCAAGCAGCCCAAAGCCGAUGGAUUAACCCCUGAACAACGCCGAGAAAGAGACGCCAGGGCGCUGCAGGAAAAGGCGGCAAAGAAGGCGGCGCAGGCGCAGGCGGCCGGAGGGAUCAUUGCCGGCGGCAAGAAGUAGGGAUUGGAAGGUUAGGGUAGAGAGUUGGGAGUGAUGCAUAUUGUAAGAGGAGAAAUUAGAUGAAUUGCGAGUGUUUUGAGUUUGGGAUUUUGGGUGUCUGGGUUUGAGAUGAUCAAUCAGAUCAGUUGUUUGUCUUGGUGAGAAUUGGGAUUGGCAUUGAUGUGAUGUGUAUUGUUGUUUGAAAAACCUCUCAACUUUCUACUCAAUAAACUUUCGAUUGAAUU